AACACUAUCACGUGUUAGGCAUGAGCUGGAGUUCAGGGUGGUGACCCAAAAUUUGGGCCAGCCUAAUAUAUCUGUAUUCCUUGGUCAUUAUCCAAGCGAGUGUGGCCUUAAUGCAGGUCAUGGGGGAGAAGUUGGAUACAGAGAAAAUUCAACAUAUUUUGCGCAAAUGUGCUCCACUUCCUGGACUAGAGUGUCUAGAUGGCAGUGAAGACAUAGAGUUGGAAGAGAUUGGCGAUGGAAAUAUCAAUGAUGUUUUUCGAGUUACAAGUGUUAAGGAGCGCUCACAAUCCCUUGUUGUCAAACAUGGACCAGCAUAUAUCAAGUGCUUAGGUCCAGAGUUCCCAUUAUCUAUAGUCAGGUUGAAGGUGGAGUAUAAUGCAUUAGCCGCCUUUCAAAGAAUUUGUCCCGGAUACUCCCCCUGCCCAUAUUACUUUGAUGUGGAGACCAAUGCAGUUUUAAUGGAAGAUCUGAGAGAUCAUUCCAUCAUGAGAAAAGAACUGAUAAGUGGAAAUAUAAAUAUGGAGACUGUGAAGAAGAUAGCCUACUUUCUUGCUUGCGUGCACAGGGACACCCAUGUCAGCAAACUAAGUGAAGCAGAAUUUGAGAAACUUCAGCAAGAUUUUCAAAAUGAAGACAUGGUUUCUUUAACAAGACAGUACAUUUUCACUCGCCCAUUUGAUAAAACUGAUCCUACCAACAGAUGCUCAGAAGCAGUGCAAAAGAAAUUGCACCUCAUAUAUGAAGACCCUGGACUAUUAGACAGUGUGUGGAAAAUGAGGAAUUUGUUUCUAGAAAAGAAGGAAUGCUUAGUCCAUGGAGAUUUACAUACUGGCUCUGUACUAGUCAGUAAUAAUUCAGCCAAGGUGUUUGAUAAUGAGUUUGCCUAUGUUGGGCCUGCAGCUUUUGACUUGGGACUCCUGAUAGCCAAUUACAUCUUUUCCUAUUAUCGUCACAUGUCAACGCAGGAAAAUCAUGACACACAUCGAAAGUUCAGUCAGAAAUUGAUUGAAGCCUGUUAUCUGACAGUUAACACUUACCUGUCAGUCAUGACCUGCACAGUAGGGCAGCGCCACGAGUACUUGAACAACCUGCUCACAGAAACAGCUGGGUUUGCUGGCUGUGAAAUCAUUCGCAGAAUAAUUGGGACAGCUCAUGUUGAGGAUUUAGAAGGCAUACCUUAUGCUGAAGAAGAUGCACUGGAGGCUGGUGUACGUCUUCUUCUAGGACAUGAUAGGAUCCACACCAUUGAUAGACUAAUGGUCAUAGCACUUAUGUUAACAUAGGAGACUUCACUUUUCCUGGUAAAAGCAAAAUAGAUAAAGUUAGUAGGUAUCAGUCUGGUCACCAGGGUCAGAUAAAUCAACUGGAGGUCCAAAGCAGAGAAGAUAGACUGUAAUUGAACAAAUUGAAAAAAAAAAAUAUUGGACUGGGUUCUGUUUCACUGGCAUUAGGGAUUCUACCUGUUCUCGUUUCACAAACUGAGGUGGUAGCACAUUUUUCCAAGAUUAAAAUUACUCACAAAUAUGUCAUGCUGAUAUAUAUUUCUUAACUAGAGGUACUCUUUAUGGAAUUUACCUGGCAAAAUGAAUUUUCCUUGGGGAAGAAGGUAAUUUUCUCAUACUCGUGAAUCAUUGCUCAACCCAUUCCUUCACUUGGAUUUGAUUUUUUACUCCACUUUUAUUUAAAUAAUUUAGUUUUAAAUUUAGGAUUUAGAACACCAUGUCUUCCUGUAUUUUUCAGAAUGAAAUAUCAUCAUCAAAUACUUUUAUUUAAGGAGAUUUAUGUUUUUCUGAAUUGGUAAUGAUAAGUAGUUUUGCAGGAUAUGUAGACAGAGAAAUAAUGACAAAAAUUAUGGAAAUUUUCAAAUCUUUAAUAAAUAGUUUAACCCAUUUUUGUCCUCACAUGGACAUUGACUACAAGGCUCCUGUGGUGAAAGGCUUCUGCAAAUUUGCCAAUGAGUUUGUCUCAGAUUUAUUUUGUUUAAAACAAUAUUUACAUGUUAUUUAGGAAACUUUAACAUUUUUAACUAUUAUUUGUUGACAUGUUUAUUGAUAGAAGUGAGAAGCCAAUUAUCUUUAAUAUUUUACUUAUUUUUGUUACCUUUAUUCGGUAUUUCAUUGGUAUCUUUUGUGAAAUAUCAACAAUAACUUGCUUAAAUGUAUGUGAUAUAUAUAUAUAUAUAUAUUUCUAAAAGAUUAAUUACAAGGGAAUAAAUGGUCUUGAAGAUGGGCGUUAGCUCUUUUACU